AUGCCGCCGCGCCGCCGAGCUGCACCCACAGCGCCCGACUCGGACGACUCGCCGCCGCGCGUGCCGUCGCCGCCGCCCGCGCCCAGCGUCGCCCUCGACGAGGCCGUGUCGACGCUGCCCGGCCAGGGCCUCGCCGCCGGGCCCAACGCCUCGGCGCCCAGCGCGUCGGGCUCGGCUGCCGCGGGCCCGCCGGGCGAGGUGCGCAUCGGCUCCGGCUCGGCCACGCCUGCACCGCAGCCACGCACGCAGAGCAUGGUGCCGCGCGGCCGCGGCGCCAGCCAGAAGAUGAUCUUCCGCCCCGUGAUGCCGCAGCGCCGGCCGCGCGAGGCCACCGUCAAGCAGGAGCCCACGGACAGCGUGCCGAGCGCCGGCCCCUCUCGCGGACGCGGGCGAGGCGACGGCUUUCGCGGCUCGGACCGCGGCGGGCGUGGCGGGCGCGGCGGAGGGCGCGGCGGCGCGGCGGCGUAUGCGCCCGUCGAGAUGGUCGCCACCGGUCCGUUUGCCCAGGGCACCGGCGCCCUCUCGCGGGCCGAGCGCUCGCGCACGAGCGGCACGCGCGGCGCCGGGCCGUCGUGGGCGGGCGCGCCGCCGGGCGUCGGCGGCGACGUCAAGCCCGAGGGCGGGCGCUACCGCGACCCCGAUGAGUUCAAGGAGAAGGAGACGUACUCGGACAACGAGGACGGCGUCGAGAUCGUCGACAUGGACGAGGUGCACGCGCUCGACGAGCUCGCGCCGCGUGCGCUGCCGCGGCUGAAGGAGAAGGCCAAGAAGGAGGCGAAGCCGAAGGACGCCAAGCCGAAAGGGGCCAAGCCGGCGAAGGAGGGCACCAAGAAGGGCAAGGAGAAGGAGGCGCUCAAGGACGACCCCGAGGGCCUCGCUCCUGACAGCAGCGGAGAGGACGAGGACGAGGCGCCCAAGGAAGAAGCGCGCGGCGCCGAUGCGCUCGACCUGAGCGACUCGGAGACGGAGGAGGUGCCCGACGACCUGCUGGCCGACUUUGUGCCUGCCGACGAGGGCGACGGCCCAGAAAAUCUUCUUUAUCUCUUCCAGUUUCCCGGCCUCUUUCCGUCUUUCGCUGCGCCUUCUGCCGCAGCCGCGCCGGAGCUCUCGUCGUCGCCGCCGAAGGAGAAGGGCAAGCGCAGCGUCGCCUUCGCCGCCGACGUGCGCGGCCCGGCGGACCGGCCCGAGGUCAAGACGGAGGAGGGCGAGCGGCGCGUCGAGGGCCAGGUGGGCCGCCUGGACGUGUUCAAGGACGGCAAGGUGGCGCUGCGCUUCGGCGACGUGCAGAUGGAGGUCACCGGCGGCUCGCAGGCGGCGUUCCUGCAGCAGCUCAUGGUGCUCGACGCCAGCAGCGCGACGGCGACGACGCUCGGCGAGCUGCACCGCAAGUUUGUCGUCGCGCCCGACGUCGAGGAGAUGCUGCGCGACGCGGCGAUUGGCGACCGCGAGGCGCGCGAGCGGCGCGAGCGCGAGGGCAUGGACGAGCUGGAGUGAUGGCGCAAUGGCAUAGCUGUACUGCG